GCAGCUGCUGAUACUCGGAUAGAUACAAUCUAGGAGUGAUCAGACGAGUUGAUCAUGAGACCUGCUCGACACAUAUAUAUUAACUCGAAACAAUGCGUGUAUUGGAUUGAUUAUGAUUUUGACAUCUGACAUCGACACCCUUGUAGUUGGCUACUUGGUUGAUACCUCUAUACCUGCUCAUAAAUACUCAUACCCUACUACUACCUAGUAAUAGUAUCUCCCCAAUAUCUGAUAGGUCGAUAUAUCCCCUCACACAACCACCUGAAACAUAUCACCAUCCCCACGAACAAUAGCACACUCACGACCAAGUUAUUCCCAAAUAUGAGCAUACUGGAAAAGAAGAAAAGAAAAGAUACAGCACACCCCCACACCCAUGUCAACCAACACUAGUAGUUGACCGUCUACCCCAUGCAUGCAAGGUACUUUUGUCCAUUCCAGUGGAGUUCAACCCAACAUAUGACAGCGAUUGCCUGGUGGCGUGGUCUCUUAUAACUCUGUAUUAUAUGUCAAGCAACUAUUUAUGUAGAUUGAGGGAGUAUUGUGUGGUAGCUACGUGUACAAUCAGUAUCCUUGUUGAUUUUGCUACUGUGGGAUUGGCUGGUUCGUGUAUUAGGCAGAUGGUGGUAGGAUGUGGUCUCAAUUUUGGUCUAUCUAUCUGUGGAUACUAUGGGGUGUCUGAUACUUUGGAUUUGGCUGUGGGGUACAUACUAAUGUAUGUACUUUUGAUUCAUGUAUGAGGCUUGAGGCUUUUAUGGAUAUUAGUCUACUUUUUCUCCUCUAUACUUACUUCCCUUCCACACAGUAGAAACAAAACAACAUUAUCUUGAUACUUUAGAUCAAGGCAUAAGAAU